CGUCGGGCAGCGGGCAGACAGAUGUCCGCGUGACGGCAGAGCCCGUGAGCCGCCUCCUCCGUCGCCGAUGUUCGCGCACAAGGCCGCCUGGGGCUGGCUCUAUCCCUACCAAGGCAGCAAGAAGUGUCGAGCACUCAAGGGCAAGAGCUAUGUGGUGGGCAAGGACCCUGGCUGCGACGUGGUCAUCUCGAAGGCACAGGCGCCCUCCGGCGACGACUACGCCAAUCUGAACAAGCAGCACUUCAAGAUCAAGAGGAAAGAUGGCGAGUCGUUCUUGAAGGACCUGAGCAGUGCGCGCACGUACGUGAACGGCAAGGAGCUCUUCUUCAACGAGAAAGUCAAGCUGAAGCACAACGACGUGAUCUCGGUGCUCAGACCACACUUCAAAGUGUUCGUGUUUCUUGAAAGCAAGAUACUGCAGGCGGAUGACUUUCCAGAAGUUAUAAAAAACAAGUACGUUAUCUCGUACAGCUUGUCGGAGCGAAAGCCACGCAUCACAAACAUGGUGUUUGAUAAGGAAACGUGCAAGCGCUUGGUCCUCAAGAAAAUCGCGAACACUUACGCAGACAAGAUUGCUGAAGAGAUUGAAAUGCUGCGCAAACUUCAACACCCGUGUCUGAUGUCCACGCUGGAGGUCCACAGCGCCGGGGGAGACGUGUUCCUGGUGCGGGAACACGCGGAGGGAGGCAGCCUGCUCGCCAGGAUACGCCCCAGGAAGACCCUCGCCGACGACGACAUGAAGCUGGUGUUCUACCAGACCACGCUGGCGGUGCAGUACCUGCACGACAAUCACGUCGCCCACGGCAACUUGAAGCCCGAGAACAUCCUCUUCAGCUCGCCCGACUCCAAGUCCCUCGUGAGGGUCGCGGACGUCGGUCCGGCGGGCGCGCACGUCGGCUCGGGCGAGACCGAGAACGACGACAGUCCGCUGUACCUGGCGCCCGAACUCGUCAACGUCAGGGACGCCUCCAGACGACGCAGCCCUCAGGCCGACGUGUGGGCUCUGGGAGUCAUCCUCUUCUACUGCCUGAGCGGGUCGCCGCCGUUCAGACACUCCGGGAGGACUUCGCCCCAGUGGACCUGCAGCUUCCUGCCCAGCGCGUGGAGCCGGCGGGCGCCCGCCAAGGACCUGGUGCGCGCCACGCUCACCCCCGACCCCGAGGAGAGACCGCGCGUCGACCGCCUGCUGGCCCACCCCUGGCUCAAGGUGGAUGCCGUCAGGUCUGCGGCGCACGGCCUCAUGUACCCCGGGGUGAAGUACGAGCCGCCGGAGGAAGAGCAGACCCCGCCCGCCUCGCCCAAGCAGGUGUUCCUGGAGGAGGUGGUCGUGCAGAAGCCGGGGCGAGCGGGGAGGCUGGGGGUCCAGGUGCUGCCCUCGGGACCCGCCUCGCGCCUCAGCGCCCCCGAGGAAGAGGAGCAGUUCCCGCCCCGCGCCUUCCACAAGUCCUUCAGCUUCCGCGAGCCGGGGCCCGCAGGGGUUGGCGACGGCUGGCCCUUCAGGAGGUCGUGGAGCCAGAGGCUGCCAGCCGCGCCGGUGAAGCCUCCCCGGCAGGGAGUCACCCCGCCGCCGGUGCCUCCUCCCAAACCCCUGAGGCUGUCCGUCGCGAGGCGAGCGUCCGGCGGGGACGACGACGACGACGACAACAACAACUCCCCGGCGCGUGUUCCCGAGACACCCCCCGGACACCCUCACGAGGAGGGCGCGCCUCGUCCCGUGCCUUCCCCCAGGAGCAAGCUGCCUCCCGCGCCCGCCGACGAAGUGACGCUCAGACUCCGCCCCGGAGGAGUCCCGACUCCAUCGACGCCUCCCCCGAAACCCGCCAGGACGUCCCUGCAGAACCACUCGGCCGACCCGCCGAGGAAGAAGCGGCUGGCUCCGAAGCCUCCCCCGAAACCGCGCAGGUCGCAAGACGACGGCGGCUCGCACACUCCGGCGCCGAUGAAACUCUGAGCGGCAACAACAUUUCCCAGUCAUUCAUUCAUUAAUUUGCAUCACAACAAAAAAAAAAGUUUUUUCAUCACGCGGUAAUCUUUGCAAGUAUACGUGUUCACGACUUUCAGAUUUGUAACUUCGUUCUGAUUUAAUUUCUGCACGUCUUGAUGCCAUAAAAUGUGUAUACUUUUUCAACCACUUUCCGCAUUAAAUGGUCAAUUCUUACUUACUAUGUUGUGCAAAAACUUUAUUUUUUUGAGAGCAACGGUGCUAUUUUGGUUAAAUUUGAAAACUUGUUUAAAGACACGUGUAUUGUAACUCCUUUAGGGUAUGAAUAAAAUUAUAAUUUUUUAUAA